GGAAUCCCACAUACCAGAGCGAGCAAGCGGCACAUUCCUGGAUUGAGACCAGUCCUUUCCUCUGCACAUCAACAUUAGUAUUUUCCAACUCAGCCUUUUUGUCUUCUUCAUCUCAAGUUAAUCCUCAGAUCUCUGCAUUGUUUGCUCCUUUCCGUUCUUCUGACCUUUUAUAAGUGUCCACUGCCAGACAGCUUGUGCUCCUCACAAUUUUCUACCCAGCUUUCAGUCGUGGCCCCGACGUUUUCUGUGUCACAUGUGUGUAGUGAGAGGGCAAUGGAUAUGUGAAUUGCAGUCUGUGCAUCCACACUGAGGCACAGACAAAAAACACCCUUCACCCCUCUCACAUGGAAAUGCCUAUUGAAAACGUGCAUGGUAUCAGGAAAACAAAGGUGAGAGAUCUUCAUUAUUGAUCUCAGAGAAAAAUUUAGAGCUAAGUAUCCAAAGGAUGAAAAGCCUCAGGGCUGUCAUGAGUGAAUCUCCCUCUCAGCAGUGAGUUGUGUCUUCCUGUGUGCACAUUGCCAGUGCUGGAUUCAGCCCCCAGGGACCAACCCUCCUUCAUCGAAGAGGCUCUGUCUUGGAGCAGGCACACACCAUCCUCAGGGGGUAUGUGCAGUUGGUAAAGAAGUUCUGAGGGCAGGAGUUUGAGCAGCUGGACUUGGCCUUGCCUAAAGAAAGCUGUUGGAGAGAGAUGGAUUUGGUUUGGUUUUAGCUGUUUGUAUGUCCCUUACUGAUAUGUUUUAUACCCUUCGUGUACCGGUGUCCAAGCAGGUGCCUUACAGGAUAGGCAAGUCCUUCUUCAAAAGUAUUUACUCAUUGUAGUGAGACAUUCUAUACCUAUAGAAACACACACUACUUAAUUUUUUUUCACGUUUAGUUAAACGUGACUGAAAAGGAAGGUUUACUUCAAGGCCACAGUUUAACAGGAGACUAUAUAGUGAAAUGUGUUUUUCUAGUUGGCUUUCUGGCCCAAGGAAGCUUUGGAAGGGCUGCCAGUGCGAGUUUGCUGAGUUUUUUUUGUUAAUGGAAGAAAAGCUGGAGAAUGAAACACCACACAAAAUGAGACUUUGUGUCAGGGUAGAAUGAGAAUAAAAUGGAAAGACAAAGAUGGGAAGAAGGAAGCAAGCAAGCAAGCGGAGGUCUUUGCCGUAUUUUAGCUUUUUUUUGUCAAGUGGUGUCAAGGCUUCCAGAAAUGGGUUCCUCGCCACCUGGGUGCUGUGUGCCCUUCAUGCUGAAGCACAGGCCUGGAGCAGGCCCAGACUGUGUUCGAGGCAUCCCUGCCUGCCUGACUCACUGUGCAGUUUGGUGCAGUGCUCUGGCUGAGGAAACCUGCCCUGCCUCAGAUCGCUGUGUGGAGUCAGCCCUGCUGAGCCCUGCCUUGAUCAGUGACAGAUGCUGCCAGCCUGGUAUGGUGUGUUGCUGCUUACGGUGCUGAAUUUCCUGCAGAACUGGCCUGUCAAAGGAUCAGGAUCAUCUUUCCUGGCUUAUUUAUCAGGCUCAGAGUCCUUCUGUAAUGGCAUAAUUAACAGAGUUGUAAACUUCUCCUUCCCAUUCUAGCUGCACAUGCCAAAAACUGCCAUUUCAAGAGGAGCCCCUGUGUUUGUGUGGCUUUUAGGCUGGCCUGCCUCAGCUGUGAGGGGCACCAGCUCGGCAGGGCCGAGCCAGAGACAUGAAAGACUGGGAUAAUCCUUUGCAAAGGACAGAGCGCUUGCCCUGUGCGUGAUCCUGGCUGGUGGAACCGUACUGGCUUUUCCUGCAGCGCAUCUCACGCCGAGUUGCCCUUAAGCCACCCAGCCCUCAACCUGCUUCGCUGGCAUCUGCAGCCACUGUGCAGGUGUGCUGGGCUGUGACUUGAACACCUCCCUCAGUUCGACACCCACUUCCUGCUCUGGCGUGUGGGUGGCCUGCAGUUACUGAUCCCAGCAAGGUCUGCUUCAAACGGGGAGGUGCAAGCCUGGGGAAAAGAGGGCUGUGCUUUACAAACUGCCCUUCCUGCCGGGGCACACUGUGGUGAACAGCAGUGCCGUGAUCGCACUCGGAGCGCCACUGGCACAGCAGCACCUGGGCCAAGAGCCAGCCAGCCACUGCAGACAGUGCCAGAGUCUCCUGGAGAAGGUCUUGGAGCUCUGGUGGCAAGCAGCAUCUGCAUGCCUCUGUAGACCUAAGAAAAUGCUCCCAAAAUAAGGAGGAGUAUGAUUUGUUACCUACUGCAGGCAGUCCUGGGCACAACAGUGAUCCCAUUAUGUGGGCCUGGUGAUAUGGAGAACUGCACCACAGCACUCAUCCAGACAGAGAACAGCCCACGUGUGGCCCAAGUGGGGAUAACGAGAUGCAAGCCUGAAAUGAAGGACUACUGCUUCCAUGGGCAGUGUGUGUACAUCGUGGACUUGGAUGAGCACUACUGCAGGUGUGACGUGGGGUUCUCUGGAGUGCGGUGUGUGCACUCGGAGCUGGUGCGGCAGCCCCUCAGCAAGGAGUACGUGGCACUGACGGUUAUCGUGGUUCUGCUCUUCGUCGCUGCCAUCUCCCUUGCGAGCUACUACAUCUGCAGGAGGUACCGAAACAAGAGGAGACAAACAAAUGCCAGUGAAUACAAGGAAGUUGGUGCCCUAUAGAAGAAACGCUGGCUUCAUGCAGUGUUCUGUUCGUCUGGAUGAACUCAGUGGCUUCCCACCUAUUUAAAUGUUAUUUUUAUUAAUAAUAUUUGCAAUAUUUAUAACAUUUUAAAAAUUUCAGUUGUUUGGUGAUUCAAUCAGUAUAGGUCAAGCAUUUUAUUUGCAGUGUUUUAUUUUUUUAUUAAAUAAUACUUCCUAAAGGGAACCCUACCUAAGUGGUUCUGUGGGACAGAGAUAUAUUUUUAUAAAAACUCAUCUUCUUGCUCUGGAGAGAAGAAUUUUAUAUUUAUUCUUGUGAAUAUACUCAAAGCAACUGUAUUCCUUGAAAUAAAAGUUUAGACAAAGUCAAAA